GUUCAGUAGCCAAGUAAGUACUUGAGACCUCACACCUGCGUCUUGUUCUCAUCAGCCCUCCUGCAUUAUAAAUAAGGCCAAGCAGGCAGAGCCUAGCAUUGCAUUGGAGUUAGGUCUCAGAUAAAUAUUUCUAUAUCUAUCUGUGUGGCUUCUGCUUGUGUUGUGCGGCUUUGUGAGAGAGAGAGAGAGAGAGAGAGAGAGAGAGCAGUAUGUUGGUGCAGAAGAAGAUGAAAAUGAAAGGCUAUGGUUUCGUGCUUGCACUUGUUCUCAUCUUUUCCUCGGUGGCAGCUGAGAUAGUACCCCUAGAUCAUGAGAGCAAAGUGAAUGGGGCAGAGAAGACGGUAGAUGAUUGCGUUCAGUACGACGGCCUUGGUCGGCGCGGUCUGUGUGGUAGCUCCGCUGCCCACGCUCGAGAAGAAGCCAUGCCAGAAACAGACAGCGUAGCAAAAGAAUCAGAAGCGGCAAAUCAUGAGGUUUACAGCUUUGACAAUCACCAUGGCAUUGGUGAUCAUCACGGCAUUGGUGUUCAUCAUGGCAUUGGUGGUCAUCAUGGCAUUGGUGGUGAAGGACAAGGAGGUGGUGGUCAAGGCGGUGGCGGUGGCGGUGGCGGACAAGGAGGUGGUACAGGCGGUGGCGGUGGACAAGGAGGUGGUACAGGCGGUGGCAGCGGACAAGGAGGUGGACAAGGGGGUGGUAAAGGUGGCGGACAGGGCGGUGGUAAAGGUGGUGGACAAGGUGGUGGUGGUGGCGGACAAGGAGGUGGUGGCAGUGGUGGACAAGGGGGUGGUAAAGGAGGUGGUGGUGGAGGACAAGGAGGAAGUGGUAAAGGUGGAGGACAAGGCGGUGGAGGUGGUAAAGGUGUAGGUGGCGGACAAGGGUGA